AUGGUUAGGGCCGAUGCAUCCGUGAGCAUCAAGGUGCUCCUGAACGCCACGGCAGCGCACUUUGGUUUUAGGCCGACUUACCGGAGGGUUUGGAUGGCGAAGCAGAAAUCUAUUGCCCUCAUAUACGGUGACUGGGAUGAGUCCUACAACGACCUGCCUAGGUGGGUCUUGGGUGUCCAGCUGACGAUGCCUGGGAGUGUUGUGGUCCUGAAGACGAGCCCGGUUCGAGUUGGAGGACAGGUGGACGAAUCUCAAGCGUACUUCCACAGACUUUUCUGGACUUUCCCGCCCUGCAUCGAGGCAUUCCGUCAUUGCAAGCCGCUAAUCAGCAUUGACGGCACACAUUUGUAUGGGAAGUAUGGGGGAACGUUGCUCAGCAUUGACGGCACACAUUUGUAUGGGAAGUAUGGGGGAACGUUGCUCAUCGCGAUUGCACAGGAUGGGAACUCCAACAUUCUACCUGUGGCAUUCGCACUACACGUGACCCCGCAGCCCGGUCUGCUGGUUAUAUCGGACAGGCACAACGGCAUCAAGGCUGCGCUUGAGGCCCCUGACGGCGGUUGGCUACCGCCAUCUGCGUACCGUGCAUUCUGCAUACGACACGUUGCGGCUAAUUUUGCCCUAACCUUCAAGGGAAAAGACGCUAGGAGGCUACUAGUGAACGCGGCGUAUGCGAAGACCGAGGUUGAAUUUGAUUACUGGUUUGAUAUCCUGCGAUCUGAAGAUCCGGCGAUGUGUGAGGGGGCGAACCGGAUUGAUUACUCGUUGUGGACUCAGCAUCGUGAUGAGGGGCGGAGAUUCGGUCACAUGACGACGAACAUCUCCGAGUGUGUGAACUCUAUCCUGAAGGGGGUCAGAAAUCUCCCUGUAGCAUCCCUGGUGAAGGCAACAUAUUGUAGGCUUGCGGAACUGUUUGUUCGCAAGGGGAGAGAGGCUGAGGCCCAGAUGGGAACAGGACAACAAUUCAGUCAGCAUUUGGUGAAGUGUAUUGAGGCCAACAUGAAGACGGCCAGAGUAUCACUUGCCUCUCGGACAUGUGACUGCGGGUACUUCCAGGCUCUUCAUUUCCCGUGUCAGCACGCACUUGCGUGCUGUGCAUACUCACGGGUCACCUGGACCUCUUACGUUCACAGCGUCUAUCAGAUUAGCUCGGUCUUCAAUGUGUAUCGGAUGGGAUUCACACCUCCCAUCCCGGAGGCAGACAGGACACCAUUAUUUAGCGUUUAUUUUCUCUUAUUGAACUGUGUCCGGGUUGGCGACAUAGGCCGCAUCUCUUUGGCUUCGGAUAUGCCUCGUCCAUAG